AUGUCCAAGAAAUCACCACCCUCAUCGGGCGAAGCAGCUCCAAUCAUUUUGUAUUCUGAUCAAUUCGUUCAUGUCAUUAACAAUGAAACCGGAAGUAUUGAAUUGGUGGAAGGACCUACUCGAUUCUUUCUUCCUGCCAACAAGAGCAUUGAUAAGACUGGUGUUCAAACCAAGAUCAUUGUGAGAGAACGACAAUAUGCCAUCAUUCUCAAUCCCUUCAAUACCACCACUCACACGACUCAAUACGGACAAAAGGACAUUCGAAUCGGUCCAACCACCUUCUCUUUAUUUCCUGGAGAAGUCUUGAUGGACGGAGUCGUGAAAGAUGCUGAUAUUCUCAAUAAGAAUGAAUUUAUUUUCCUUCAAGCCUUGAAGGAUCAUGAGAUUGAAGUGCCCUCAAGCAACGAUCUCAAUAAGAUGAUCCGAAAGACCUUUAAGGCUGGUGAGAUGCGUCGUUUGAUCGGACCUGCUAUCUAUUAUGCCAAUACCAAUGAAGAGAGAGUGGGUGGAGUUCAGACAGCCAUCAACAUUGGAGAGAAUGAAGCCAUUUACGUUCGAAAUACCUUGACCUCUGAAUUGAAGACAGUUAAGGGCCCACUCUCCUACUACUUGGAUGUGAAUGAAGAAUUGUAUUACAAAAAGCUCACCAACAAGGAAUAUGAUGCAUUGGAGUUGUCCUAUUCUCCUUCCUACAAUGCCUAUCACAUUCAAAUUCAAAAGAAUGAAGUGGUCUGUAUCAUUGACUACAAGGCAGGUGUUGAACGGUUUUAUGAAGGUCCCAAAUCCAUGAUUCUUGACUGCUCGGAAGGACUGAGAACAUUGUCCAUUUCAGGUGGAUGUCCCAAGGUUGAAAAUGCAUGCACCAUUGCAUUGGUCAAUAAGGGACCUGAUUUCAUGACAGAUCGAUUCCAAGUACGAACCAAGGACAAUGCCGUGUUGGAUAUGGAAUUGACCUACAAAUGGCAGUUCAUAACAUCCGAAAAACCAUCCAAUGAGGAAUAUGAAAAACUAUUUUCGGGAGACUUUGUUGGCUAUUCCUGUCAAUCAUUGAGAUCAAGAAUUAGAGAGCUUGCAUCGAGUCAUGAUUUCGAGUCCUUCCACAAAGGUGCUUCAGAUAUUUUACGUAAAAACUUGUUCAAGGACUAUGACCUCAAGUUUGAUGAUGGUACAAGCGCCAAUAUUCAUGGUAGACUGUUCAGAGAAUUUUCAUUCCUUGUGUAUGCUGUGGAUGUGAAAGAAUUGAGACCAGUCGAUCCAGAAAUUGCUCAGCUUCUGGACAAUAGUAUCAAGAGCUCCAUGAACAUUAUGUGUUCCAAACUACAAGAGAAUGCCAAAACAUUGGCUGAGAAGGAGCAGAUCCAAUCAGAAAUUGAGUUUGCCAAGUUGAGGAAGGACCUUAUUCAGAUCAAGAAUAGUAACACCUUGAAGGAAAAGACAGAACAGGCAAAAAUUGAGGGCAAGGCUCAAAUCGAGAGAGAGAAGUCAGAGCAUGACAGUGUUGCAUUGCUGAAGAAGGCCAAAUAUGAAUUGGAACUUUCUCAAAUCAAACAAACCAUGGCAUUGCUUGAAAGAGAAAAGGGAGAUUUGUACAUUGAAUAUGUGAAACUAAUUGGUGCUACAAAGAAUGUGAAAAGAGCUACUAUCCUUCCACAGAGUGCUCAACUCAAGUUGAACGUGACACAGUAUUAA